AUGAAGCUCUUGUGGCAGGUAACUGUGCACCACACCUGGAAUGCCGUCCUGCUCCCCGUCGUCUACCUCACGGCGCAAGUGUGGAUUCUGUGUGCAGCCAUCGCCGCUGCCGCCUCCGCCGGGCCCCAGAACUGCCCAUCCGUUUGCUCCUGCAGUAACCAGUUCAGCAAGGUGGUGUGCACCCGCCGGGGCCUCUCCGAGGUCCCUCAGGGUAUCCCCUCCAACACCCGGUACCUCAACCUCAUGGAAAACAAUAUCCAGAUGAUCCAGGCUGACACCUUCCGCCACCUCCACCACCUGGAGGUCCUGCAGCUGGGCAGGAACUCCAUCCGGCAGAUCGAGGUGGGGGCCUUCAACGGCCUGGCCAGCCUCAACACCCUGGAGCUGUUCGACAACUGGCUGACAGUCAUCCCCAGCGGGGCCUUUGAGUACCUGUCCAAGCUGCGGGAGCUCUGGCUUCGCAACAACCCCAUAGAAAGCAUCCCCUCUUAUGCCUUCAACCGGGUGCCCUCCCUCAUGCGCCUGGACUUGGGGGAGCUCAAGAAGCUGGAGUAUAUCUCUGAGGGCGCUUUUGAGGGACUGUUCAACCUCAAGUACCUGAACUUGGGCAUGUGCAACAUUAAAGAUAUGCCCAAUCUCACCCCCCUGGUGGGGCUGGAGGAGCUGGAGAUGUCAGGGAACCACUUCCCUGAGAUCAGGCCUGGCUCCUUCCAUGGCCUAAGCUCCCUUAAGAAGCUAUGGGUCAUGAACUCACAGGUCAGCCUGAUUGAGCGAAAUGCUUUUGACGGGCUGGCCUCGCUUGUGGAACUCAACUUGGCCCACAAUAACCUCUCUUCUUUGCCCCAUGACCUCUUCACCCCACUGAGGUACCUGGUGGAGUUGCACCUACACCACAAUCCUUGGAACUGCGAUUGUGACAUUCUGUGGCUAGCCUGGUGGCUUCGGGAGUACAUACCCACCAAUUCUACCUGCUGUGGCCGCUGUCAUGCUCCCUUGCACAUGCGCGGCCGCUACCUGGUGGAGGUGGACCAGGCCUCCUUCCAGUGCUCUGCCCCCUUCAUCAUGGAUGCACCUCGGGACCUCAAUAUCUCUGAGGGCCGGAUGGUGGAACUUAAGUGUCGGACUCCCCCUAUGUCCUCUGUGAAGUGGCUGCUGCCCAAUGGGACAGUGCUCAGCCACGCCUCCCGCCACCCAAGGAUCUCCGUCCUCAAUGACGGCACCUUGAACUUUUCCCAUGUGCUGCUCUCAGACACCGGGGUAUACACAUGCAUGGUGACCAACGUGGCAGGUAACUCCAACGCCUCGGCCUACCUCAACGUGAGCACGGCCGAGCUCAACACCUCCAACUACAGCUUCUUCACCACUGUCACAGUGGAGACCACCGAGAUCUCACCUGAGGAUACAACGCGCAAGUACAAGCCUGUUCCUACUACGUCCACGGGUUAUCAGCCGGCAUAUACCACCUCUACCACGGUGCUCAUUCAGACCACCCGUGUGCCCAAGCAGGUACCCGCGACAGACACCAAUGAUAAGAUGCAGACCAGCCUGGAUGAAGUCAUGAAGACCACCAAGAUCAUCAUUGGCUGCUUCGUGGCAGUGACUCUGCUAGCUGCCGCCAUGUUGAUUGUGUUCUAUAAACUUCGUAAGCGGCACCAGCAGAGGAGUACAGUCACAGCCGCCCGGACAGUUGAGAUUAUCCAGGUGGAUGAAGACAUCCCAGCAGCGGCGUCUGCAGCAGCAACAGCAGCUCCAUCCGGUGUAUCAGGUGAGGGGGCAGUAGUGCUGCCCACAAUUCAUGACCAUAUUAACUACAACACCUACAAACCAGCACAUGGGGCCCACUGGACAGAAAACAGCCUGGGGAACUCUCUGCACCCCACAGUCACCACAAUCUCUGAACCUUAUAUAAUUCAGACCCAUACCAAGGACAAGGUACAGGAAACUCAAAUAUGACUCCCCCUCCCCCCAAAAACUUAUAAAAUGCAAUAGAAUGCACACACACACACACGCACACACAUGACAGCAACUUUUGUACAGAGUGGGGAGAGACUUUUUCUUG